AUGGGGUCUAGAAGGGAUAAUGAUGGACGGUUGAAUAUGGAUGCAGUAAGAGACGAGAGAGAAGAUGUUUCAACACAAUAUACUGCUGAAUGGCUCAGCAAUGUUCAAAUGCCCCCAAAGGCCCACUCUGUUGUUCAACAUAUUGAUGAACCCCGUUUGCCCAGAGUUUCUAGGUCUGCCCCUGCAUUAAGUGUCAAGUCAAGGCAAAGUAAUGCAGGCAUCAGUAGAAGCAAGUUGCAGUUGCAGUUAAGGCAACUGAAAGAAAAACAACAAUUAGAUAGGGAAGCUCGGCAUUUAGAACUAGAAAUGCAAAGACAAGAAUUAGAACUAGAAAGGAAACGACGAUUCGCUGAGAUUGCAGAAAGAAAGGAAUUGCAAGAAAUGGAAGCUAAGUUAGCACAUGCUGAGCUUUUGGAACAAUUCGAAGUCGAUAGUGAUGAUCAGAUCUCCGAUGAUGGUAACAGAGAACUGAAUAUGAUGAGUCAUGACCAUGAGGGAAAUGGACCUUAUGAAGAUACGGAGCGUCGAGAUGCGGAACGUCGAGAUGCGGAACGUCGAGAUACGGAGCGUCGAGCUGCGGAACGUCAAGAUGCGGAACAACGUGAAACGGAACGUCGUGAUGCGGUACGUCGAGAUACGGAGCGUCGAGAUGCGGAAAGUCGAAAUGCGGAGCGAGGAGAUACGGAGCGUCGAGAUGCGGAACGUCAAGAUGCGGAACAACGUGAAACGGAACGUCAAGAUGCGGGACGUCGAGAUGCGGAACGUCGAGAUACGGAGCGUCGAGAUACGGAGCGUCGAGAUGCGGAACGUCAAGAUGCGGAACAACGUGAAACGGAACGUCGAGAUAUGGAGCGUCGAGAUGUGGAACGUCAAGAUGCGGAACAACGUGAAGCGGAACGUCGAGAUACGGAGCGUCGAGAUGCGGAACAACGUGAAACGGAACGUCGAGAUGCGGAACGUCGAGAUGCGGAACGCCGAGAUGCGGAAAGACGAAAUGCGGAGCGAGGAGAUGCUGAACGUCAAGAAGCGGAGCGACGGGAGACCGAGAGUAGAGAAUUAUAUCGAAAAGACGAACUCUUUAGUCAUGCAAGAUAUAAUGCUGAACAGUUUCGAAUGUCAUAUGGAACAUACAAUAACACGUUUAUGAAUCCCCAAGUGCCCACAACACAAAUGUACCAGCGAGGUUAUACAACGGAUCAACAUACCCAAUUAGUUCACCCUAACUUUGUUCCAACGAUGUAUCAGGAUGCAGUUCAAAGUUCGUGUCCACAGUACGGGAAUGUUUAUUCCCAUAAUCGUCAGUUUGAACAUCCAACUUCCGAUAGUCAACAGAUGUUCGAACAACAACAACAAGCUUUGAGAUUGAUGGCAACUACAAUUGGGUCGACAAUAAAUAAAGGUUUUGUGAUGCCUAAACGCGAAUAUAUGUCUUUCGAUGGGAAUCCAUUAGACUACCCUAGCUUUACAACAAAUUUCAAGACUAAUGUGGAAGACGUCGAAAGCGAUCCCAACGUUAGACGCACUUAUUUGAUCCAACUCUGUACGGGAAAAGCAAAGGAAGCCAUCAGUGGAUCUGUGAUGUUACCGCCGGAAGAGGGGUACAAAAAGGCAAAGUCUAUUUUGCAUGAAAUGUUUGGGCAGGCUCAUAUUGUGGCUGCUUCUCACAUUGAUCGAGUGACGAAAGGUUCUAUAAUUAGAGAAAAUGAGAGUGAAAAGCUUAUGCAGUUAGCCCGAGACAUGGAAAACUGUGGAAUGAAUUUGAACAAAUUGGGCUACCAAUCAGAUAUAAACUCAAGACACAACAUCAGCGCGAUUGUUUUACGGCUGCCAAAAUACCUCCGUUCAGAUUGGGCCAAAGAGGCGAAUAAGCUUAGAGAUCAAAGAAGUGAACCAGAUUUUGCAGCACUCACAAAGUUUGUAGUAAACAAAGCUAAGUUGGCAAAUACUGAGUAUGGUCGGCUUGUUAAUGUUAAAAUGGACUGGGAAAGGAACAAAACCAAGUCUUAUGGUAAACAACAGAGGAACGUCUCAGCUUAUCAAGUGUCGAAUAUUUCGUCAAACGAAGAACAAGAUGGUAAACGAAACAUAACAAUGAAGUUAAAAUGCAUUUUCUGUAGUAAGGAAGGCCAUUCGCUAGGUAGAUGUUAUAUGUUCCAAGAAAAAUCGUACGCUGAAAGAAAGAAAUUUGUCUCGGAAAAGGGAUUGUGCAAUCUCUGUCUGGCAAAGGGACAUUUUGCUAGCAAGUGCCAGAAAGGCCGUAAGUGUUUUAUUGCGGGAUGCGGUAGACGACAUCAUCCCUUGCUUCAUUCAACUGAAUCUAACCAAAGCAAACGAGAAGAAGAUUCCACGAAAGUUGAUAAAGAUAAAGAUCAAGAAUCACCGGCCAAGCCCAAAGGUCUAAAUGCACAAAAUGGUCACUGUGGUACAGCUGACAUAGCAAAACGGCAAGUAUGUUUGAGAGUUAUUCCCGUGAAAGUAUCUAGCAGAGACAAUUCGCGAGAAAAAAUCACCUAUGCCAUACGGGACGAAGGUUCCAACACAACAUUGGUUAAAGAGAGUUUGGUGAAUGAGCUUGGAUUGGAAGGUCAACCUCUUGAUUUUAAACUAACGACCAUGAACAAGGUUUCUCAAGAGUCUGGGAAGUCGCAUUUUCUCUAUGUGCAAGGUCUUGGCCAAAAGGAUUGCUUAGAAAUUCCUAAUGCCCUAUCAAUUAAGGAUUUAUCUGUGGCGAGAAGUUGCAUUCCAACCAAAGGAGAUAUUAGCAAAUGGAGUCAUCUAAAUGACGUACAUAUUCCCGAAUUGAAAAAUCCAGAGGUGACUCUUCUUAUUGGCACUGACGUACCAGAAGCUCAUUGGAAGAUGGAAGAACGACGCGGACGUAAAAAGGAGCCUUAUGCUAUACGAACACCGCUUGGGUGGUCAGUUGCAGGUCCCAUGGGAACAACGUCAGAAAGUGAAUUCAGUGCGUUCUUUGUUCGUGAAGAGGAUGAAUUCCUCGGCCGAACGGUAGAGAAGAUGUUUGAGAUGGAUUUCAGUGAAA